AAGAUGAAGUAGAACAUGAAUGUUAACCUCUUUGACGUGUACGAGUUGUCCGUGAAAAUAUUCUAUACAAUAUUGUUGAUCUAAUUCAAUACGAAAUGUUACGAAUCAUAUUUUUCAUCUUGAUAUGUAGUUUUGUUGACGUUUAUUCUGCCAGUCUCGAAACAGUGAGUGAUGAAGAGCUUAUAAAUCUCAUAAAAACUGAAAAAUAUGUGGUCGUACUUUUCUCAAGUAAAGAUUGUACGACAUGUGAUAACUAUGAGAAUGAAUUGAUUCAUUUAAGGGAAGAUUUGGUAAAUUCAUUGUCAAGCUGGGUUAUAAAAGCUGUUGAUAGUCAGUUACUUCGUCUUUAUAGUGCUGAGAAAGAACCAGCACUUGUAUUUUUCAGACAUGGAAUGCCUUUACUUUAUGAUGGUCCAUUAAAUGAUGAAGAAAUUUUAACUAUGUUUACUGAAAAUAAGGAACCUACAGUAAAAGAACUAACAGAUGAUACUUUUGAACAUUUAACUCAAGCAAGUAGUGGAGCUACAACUGGAGAUUGGUUUGUUAUGUUUUAUAGUACAGAUUGUGUGGAAUGUGUUAGAAUGAUUGCAAGAUGGGAAGCUGUAGGUGCAAAAUUAAAGCAAAGGGUUAAUGUAGCACGUAUUGAUAAAUAUACAACUGGAGCAUCUACAGCAAGAAGAUUUAAUGUUUAUAAAGCUCCUGAAUUUAUAUUAUUUAGACAUGGAAAAAUGUAUCGUUAUCAGAUUACAAAAUAUGAUAUUAACUCUUUUGUAUCAUUUGCAAAAGAAUGGUAUAAAAACGCACGUGCGGAAUCUGUUCCUGUACCACAAAGCCCAUUCGAUGAUCUCGUACAAAUGAUCGCAAAUUGCCUUCGUGAAAAUCCGUGGAUAAUGAAACUCGGUAGUAUAACAAUUGGUGUAUUUAUUAUCAUUUCUGUAGCUUCUAAAUUUAGACGUAAAACUGAAAUUCCACAAAAGAAGGACUAAUUGUUUCAUUUACCAAAGAUAUAUAUUAUGGGUACUUUGUCAACUAUUAGUAUUUAUAAUUUUAUAUAAAGCACAAUACAUAUAUACAUACAUACAUACAUACAUAUAUAUAUAUAUAUAUAUAUAUAUAUGUAUGUAUAUAAAUUUUUUACUUAAAGACAACUUUUUAUUUUUAUAUUUAACAAAUUACAUAAUCUUUUAUUUUUCUAAUUUUAUUAUAUUUGAUUAGUGCCCAUAAUAUAGAUAGAAGAUAAAAAUACGUCUAUAUUUCUAAUAAUUGCAUUUUUUAUUUCAUAUAAAACAUAUGUAAUAGUCAUUGCAAAUCUAUCAUUUUUUAAACAAAUGUUUUACAAUAAAUACUUUUAAAUGAAAA